GUGGUGGCCUUUGGCUACUUUCAGUGCGCUUCGAAUUUUACAUGCGAUACUAUGUAAUUUAUUUUUUAUGCAGGACAAAUGCAUGAGCUACUCUCCGUGAUUUUCCGCAAUAGACUGCGCGAUAAAUGAAAAAUUACUCGUGGAAUGUUCAGAAAAAUUUAUAAAUAUUAUCGAAAAAGAUUUGAUCUUUCGUGGCAGUGCUGAUAAAUAUGAAUCUGCAAACACUUUUCCAAGAUUUUAAUCCAAGCAAAUUUUUAGUCUACUCAUGUUUGAUGAUAUUUACUGCUUUGUUCGCUCUUCGAUUGGACGGUUUCAUAGAAUGGAGUUACUGGACAAUAUUUAGUCCAAUUUGGUUUUGGAAAGGUAUGGUAAUAUUGGGUGCUACCAUUGGAAGUUAUGUGUGGUGGAGACAUCCACAUUCAAGAUUGGAAGGAGAUGCCUAUGUUCAUUACAAGGCAAUGUUGAUUACUUUGGCAUUACAUUUGAUUUUGUUAAUGUUCGAAUUAUUAGUGUGUGACAAACUGGAAUCUGAUAGGCAUUUAUGGAUAUUAGUGUUUAUACCACUGAUUUUCAUCUCUGUUGUAUCUAUAGCUGUUUGCAUUUGGGCUGUGAAACACGAUAGGUCUUUCGAACUUGAGCUAUUCUGUGCAGUCAAUGUAUUACAAUUUAUCUUCUUGGCACUAAGACUAGAUAGCUUUAUUACUUGGAGUUGGGAGGUAGUAUUUGUACCUCUUUGGGCACUUCUUUGUUUGUCUCUAGUUGCUGUUUUAUAUGCAAUAGUGUUUGCUGCUGUUUUAUUAAGAACACCUCAAAUUAAUGCAAGGCAAAGGCGGACAUCUUUAAACUCAGCACUAGCAUAUACAUUUCUUGUAGUUCCAAUUUUAGUAUUUCAAGUACUAUUAGCAAAUAAAUUGGAUGGUGAUAUUUCUUUAAAUUAUACAACAGUGGCAAUGCCUCUUCUCAUAUCUCACAUGACACUUAUCUUCAUGUCUUUUGGAGCAAAAGGAGGAAAUAGAUGGUGGUUUGGUAUUAGAAAAGAUUUCUGCCAUUUUCUGUUGAGCCUAUGUCCAUUGCUUCAAGAAUAUGGUAACAUUUCUUAUCAACCAAGAGGUGAUCAAGAUCAACCACCAUCUGAACCAAUGGUUAGUGAAAAGAAUGAGAAGCACAUAAAAAAAAUCGACCUAACAAAACCUGUAGUGCCUAUAAUUUCCAUAGACAUGCCUGAUUGAUCAAAUUGGCCUAGAAUUUAUCUUGAACAUUAAUACAUUCAACGUUACUAGUGGAUUCAUAUGCCAUGUAUGUAACAUAAAAUAGAGAGGUGGGUAUAUAAUUGUACAUUAAAUUAUACAUACAAAAUUGUUAUUUUCGCUACACUAGAUCUUAUAAAAAAUUGUUAUUGUUAGUUUAACAUGCGCCAGGGCAAUCGUGAUGAUCAUGUUAUGCAUCUUGUUAUUGGAAAUUGAAAUUUAAACAUGUUCAGAAGAGCAUUGUUUGUUUUAUAUAAUACAAAUUAGAAAGGUAAUUAUGUUGUCCCUAUUUGAAAUAAAGGGUGAAACAAAUUUAUGUUUGCAUAAAAAUUGAAGUAAUUAGUCCCUAAAAUAUAUUAUAGUUUAAUUGUUAUGGUGCUCAAUAUGAUAACGAUUUUAAGUCUAUCUUAGCUUCUGCAUAUUUGAUCACUUAAUUUGUGUUUAGCAUAAGUAAUUGACCCGUCCAUUUAUUUCAAUAAUUCUGUUUUAAAAUAUAAAUCUUUUUUCCUAAUAGUUUAUCUUUUCUUAUCUAUCAAUUGUAAAUCAUAUUAUGAUAAUAUAAGAUAGUUGGCCUGUGUUGAAAAUAGUUUAUAUAUAAAUCAAUGCAUUAAUUACAAUAACUAUGUCUAUGAUGGUGCUAAAAAUCGAUUGUGGUAUAUUGUAAUAAUGAAACGCUUAAAAAUUUGAUCAUUCGCAAUUAUUGUUGCAACUCAUUUUUCGUUCUUCUAAAAAGAUUUUGUUUCAUUCAAAUAGGUAGUUGCAUAUAAAGAACAAAUAAUUAUUGUAUAUAGGAUAUAUUUACCAAUACAAAGUGGGUUGAAGCAGA